CACAGGCUUAGUACCACCACAGCAGCAGCCGAUCGAGCAAACAUUCCUGACCCUCGUCCCUCCCUCCCUCAUACGCAUCCGGUCGGCAUUCUUUACCUACCUGCUACAAGUUAUAGCCAACCUCACAGCUCGCGCUCGCUGCUCUGCUAGUGUCUCGGAUUCAGCAAAUGGCGGCGAUGAAUGUGUCGAGGGCCAUCGGCGCGGCGCUCCGGACCCCGGCCUCGUCACCAGUGGCGGAGGCGGCGGCCGCGGCGAAAGCCAAGGACGCCGAGAAGCUGCGCUUCAUCGACGAGAUGACCUGCAACGUCGACUCCGUGCAGGAGCGCGUCCUCGCCGAGAUCCUCGCCCGGAACGUCGACACGGAGUACCUCAAGAACUGCGGCCUCGACGGCGCCGCCGACCGCGACGCCUUCCGGGCCAAGGUGCCGGUCGUGUCCUACGACGCUCUGCAGCCCUACAUCCAGCGCAUUGUCAACGGGGACCGGUCGCCGAUCCUGUCCACGCACCCCGUCUCCGAGUUCCUCACCAGCUCCGGCACGUCGGCCGGCGAGCGCAAGCUCAUGCCCACCAUCAAGGACGAGCUCGACCGCCGCCAGCUCCUCUACAGCCUCCUGAUGCCGGUCAUGAACCUAUAUCUGUCCGGGCUCGACAAGGGGAAGGGCCUCUACUUCCUGUUCGUCAAGUCGGAGACCAAGACCCCGAGCGGCCUGACGGCGCGGCCGGUGCUCACCAGCUACUACAAGAGCGAGCAGUUCAAGAACCGCCCCUACGACCCCUACCACAACUACACCAGCCCGACGGCGGCCAUCCUCUGCGCCGACGCCUUCCAGAGCAUGUAUGCUCAGAUGGUGUGCGGGCUCUGCCAGCGCCACGAGGUGCUCCGCGUCGGCGCCGUGUUCGCCUCCGGCCUCCUGCGCGCGAUCCGCUUCCUCCAGCUCAACUGGAAGGAGCUCGCCGCCGACAUCGAGGCCGGCGCGCUCAGCCCACGCGUCACCGACGCGUCCGUGCGCGAGGCGGUCGCGGGCAUCCUCCGGCCGGACCCCGAGCUCGCCCAGUUCGUCCGGGACGAGUGCUGCAACGACGACUGGGCCGGCAUCGUCAGGCGCAUUUGGCCCAACACCAAGUACCUCGACGUCAUCGUCACCGGCGCCAUGGCGCAGUACAUCGGCACCCUCAAGUACUACAGCGGCGACCUGCCCAUGGCGUGCACCAUGUACGCGUCGUCGGAGUGCUACUUCGGGCUCAACCUCCGCCCGCUCUGCGACCCUUCGGAGGUGUCCUACACCAUCAUGCCCAACAUGGGGUACUUCGAGUUCCUCCCCGUGGACUCGGCGACCGGCGCGGCGUCGUGUGUGGACGCGGGCAACCUGGUGGACCUUGCCCGCGUGGAGGCCGGGCGGGAGUACGAGCUGGUGAUCACCACCUACGCCGGGCUGAACCGGUACCGCGUCGGCGACGUGCUCCGCGUGACGGGGUUCCACAACGCGGCGCCGCAGUUCCAGUUCGUCCGCCGCAAGAACGUGCUGCUGUCCAUCGAGUCCGACAAGACCGACGAGGCGGAGCUGCAGCGCGCCGUGGAGCGCGCGUCGGCGCUUCUCCGCCCGCACGGCGCGUCCGUGGCGGAGUACACCAGCCAGGCGUGCACCAAGAGCAUCCCGGGCCACUACGUGAUCUACUGGGAGCUGCUGACGACGGGCGCCGGCGCGGCGACGGCGGUGGACAAGGGCACGCUCGACGCCUGCUGCCUGGAGAUGGAGGAGGCGCUGAACACGGUGUACAGGCAGAGCAGGGUGGCGGACGGCUCCAUCGGGCCGCUCGAGAUCCGGGUCGUCCGGGCCGGCACGUUCGAGGAGCUCAUGGACUACGCCAUCUCCCGGGGCGCCAGCAUCAACCAGUACAAGGCCCCGCGCUGCGUGACGUUCCCGCCGAUCAUAGAGCUGCUGGACUCGCGCGUGGUGUCCAGCCACUUCAGCCCCGGGCUGCCGCACUGGACCCCGGCCCGGCGCUCCGACUAGAGCUCGUCGACGGCGAUCGCCCCACGAAGCACGACGGCGGCUCCGCCUGAAUGAAAAUUUUGGGUGUUGCCGUCGGCGUCGGCGUCGGCAUCGGCUAGUAGUAGCAGUAGCAGUAGAAGAGCGAGAGUGAGUACGGUGCCACCUUUGAUGCUAGGAAUGAGGCUGGAAUAUGGUUAAUGGUUGAUGUAACAGUCGGAUUACUGCGGGAGUAUGAUUAAUGAUUGAUGGUUAAUGGUUGA